AUGCAGCAUUCCCCCAGGAAGAGUGCCCGGCUGAACGGAGGGGAAGCCACCCCUAUAACAACAGUGAGUCAGCAGCCAGCCAGCAGUGGAGCAGGAACUCGGACGCGGGUGAACAUCACGGCGGCGUCGAUUCCUUGCCCGGCCACUACGGUGACUACAAUAGCUUCCCAACCUAGAAGUACUGCUGUCACAGCUGCGAGUUCAGUACCGGAGGUGAACCAGCCCCUCGCGUUGGAACUCAUGGAGAGGAUCGCAGCGUUGGAGAGGGAGCUGGAGAAGGCUAGAUCCCUGGAAAGUGUGAGCACCGCCAAUUGCGCGCCAAUCGCAGUUGGCCCAAGCUCAGUUGGCGCCAACAGUGGAGCGUCGGGGCGGCCGCCAUUUUGGAGCGGCCAGCCAAUACCCACAUCUAACGGAGAGGCCUUACAUAACGGGGUCGGGUCGGUGCCAUACAACGGUGACGGUGCGGCUUGCACGCUGCCGCCAUCUUCGAGUGGACCGCCAUUGCUAACGACUAGCAACUAUUUUGUGGAGCCACUGUGUGCAACAGGCACUGCGCAGCCAGCGCAUGGACUCGUGCUACCGGGCGUGAGCAUCCACAAUGCGGCAACAGCACUUGUCGGAUCCUACGCCGCGACGACGACGAGUGGAAUCCAGGGAGCAUAUGGGCCAAGGAAGCUUCCGGACUUGCCUAUAUUUGGAGGGCAGCCCGAGGAGUGGCCGAUCUUCAGCUGUGCGUUCGUGGAGACGACCCGAGCGUACAACUGCACGGACCUGGAGAACAGCCAGAGGUUGUUGAAGGCGCUGAAGGAUGAAGCGCGCGAGGCAGUGAAGGCGCUAUUGAUUCAUCCAGGGAAUGUCAGCGCCGUGAUGGAGCAGCUGCGCUUUAGGUUCGGCCGACCGGAGCAGCUUAUACGCAGCCAGCUCAACAACGUGCGAGAGGUGCAGCCAAUUUCGGAGCACAAUUUGGCGAAGAUCAUUCCCUUCGCAACCCGAGUGAGUAACCUCGCGGCCUUCUUGCAGUCAGCGAAGGCGGAGCAGCACCUGGGGAACCCAACCCUCAUGGAGGAGCUUGUGGCCAAGCUGCCAACGCCCUUUCCCACUGUAGUCCACUUCAGCGCGUGGCUACAGGAGUACGCAAACGUGGUGUGCACGGUCUUGGACGUCGAGGGAAAGGAGCCGAGGCGUCGACUUCUACAUGCAAGCGUCGACCAUAAUGAAUGCGAUCAACAGGAUGAUCGGCAUGGAGGUUGUCCCAUCUGUGGAGGACAGCAUGGAAUAUGCAGAGAAUUUAUUGGAGCCUCGCCACAGGAAAGGUGGAGCUAUGUGAAGAGGCAUCGGCUCUGCUUCAAUUGCCUGCGAAGCGGGCACACGGCUAGAUCCUGCUAUACGCAAGGUGAGUGCCAGAUUAAUGGAUGCCGAAGGGAGCAUCACCGUCUGCUACAUGGUGCGGACGAGGAGCGUAGGCCGCUGCAGCGAGGUGGCUUCAGACGCCACGAAGGGAAACAGCAGCCAGCAGUUUCCAGACGCAGCCCGGCCAGGAGGCCUUCGCUACGAGGUGGUCACAGGGACCAGGAGAGGAACCGGCAGCCAGCCGUUCCCAGCAACAGCCUGGAGAGAGGAGCUCCGCGUGAAGCGGGAGCGCCCAUGCAGAGGAAUUUGAGCUGCGUUGACGCCGAAGGAGGCCGUCUACUGUUCCGUAUACUGCCGGUUACGCUGUACGGAGCGGGGCGAAAGGUGGAUACGUAUGCGCUCCUAGAUGAGGGUUCCUCCGUCACGAUGAUCGAUGACGAGCUACGAAGGGAUCUUGGAGUGCAAGGAGAGCGUCGGCAGCUAAAUAUCCAAUGGUUUGGAGGUAAGGCAACCAGAGAGCCUACCAACGUGGUGAGUCUGAAGAUAAGUGGAGUUGGAAAGCCCACUCGCCAUGUAUUGAAAAACGUUUAUUCCGUUUCGAGUUUGAGUUUGCCGAUGCAGACAUUGAGCCGACGAGAUGUCCAGGGCGUGCACAGGGAUGCGCGUCUGCCGAUGAAGCCUUACAGCAACGUGGUGCCGAAGCUGCUCAUCGGCCUGGAUCACGGACAUCUGGGGUUGCCACUUAGGACGAGGCGGUUCGCUCGAGAGGGACCGUAUGCGGCCGCAACCGAGCUGGGCUGGGUUGUGUUUGGGCCUGUAAGUGGGCAACCGACCACGCCGUCACCGAGGUCCUGCCUACUUGCCGUGUCAGUGGAUGACGCGAUGGAAAAGAUGGUGGAGGACUACUUCGACAUGGAGAACUUUGGAGUGAAGCCCGCGCCGCCGGUCGCAGCCAGCGACGAUGUUCGGGCCCAAAGGAUACUCGAAGACACCACGGUGAAAGUGGGGCGUCGCUACCAGACGGGAUUCUGGAAGGACGACCACGUUGUGCUGCCACCGAGCUAUGAGAUGGCGUACAGGAGGCUGGUCAACGUCGAGAAGAAGGUGAAGCGCAACAAGCCGUUGGCGCAGGAAUACGAUCGGAUUAUAAAGGAUUACGUAUCUAAAGGAUACGCGAGGAGGCUGCAGCCGGAGGAGGUCGCGCCCGGCAAGGUACGGCUUGUGUUUGAUGCUGCAGCCAAAGUUGGAGGAACCUCGCUAAACUCGGAGCUGGACAAAGGGCCUCAGCACUAUAAGCCUUUGCCAGCUGUGCUCUUUCAUUUCAGAGAGGGAGCCGUCGGAGUCUGCGGUGACUUCAAGGAGAUGUUCCACCAAGUGCUGAUCCGACCCGAGGAUAGAUGUUCCCAACGAUUCCUCUUGAGAGAUGGCGACGACGAGAGAGACCCGGAUGUCUAUGAGAUGAACGUAAUGACGUUUGGAGCAGCCUGUUCGCCGAGCGCUGCGCAUUACGUGAAGACUAUGAAUGCCCUGAAGUAUCGGGAUUCGGAUCCGAGAGCGGUCAAGGCCAUCACCGACUACCAUUAUGUCGCUGACUAUGUGGACAGUUUCGCUACAGAGAGCGAGGCUAUCAGCGUAUCUACCCGAGUGAAGGAGAUACACAAGGAUGCUGGAUUCGAAUUAUGCCAGUUUUCAUCCCGCUCACCCACUGUGGAGACGUCUUUAGGACCUGGCCGAGUCAAGAGCGUCGGAUGGGGUGAGGCUGAAGAGAAGAUCCUCGGAAUGCGUUGGCAAUUAGCAACAGAUGACUUCAGAUUCAACAUGGAGUAUCAUCGAGUGCCAAGCAGCGUCCUGAGUGGAGAUCGAGUCCCUACGAAGAGGGAAUAUUUGAGCCUGGUGAUGUCAACGUUUGAUCCCCUGGGAUUCCUGUGCUGCCUCAUGGUUACAGCGAAGCUGCUGCUGCGAGAGAUUUGGAGGCAGAAGAUCCAGUGGGACGAACCACUACCGGAGGAGUUAAGCAAAGCCUUUGCGAUUUGGCGCAAAGAGAUGGACGCCGUGGGACAGUUCCGAUGUCCGCGCCAUUAUUUUGGGCGUGGAGCAGUCCGGGCCGUAGAGUUGCACGUCUUCGUGGAUGCUAGUCAGGCAGCAUUCGCGGCGGUGGCCUAUAGGAGGGUCACAUAUGAGGACGACGACGUGCAGGUGAGCUUCGUGAGUGCGAAGACGAAGUGUGCCCCAAUGAGAACGAUGACGAUCCCACGGCUGGAGCUGCAGGCAGCAGUUCUUGGAACCAGGCUGAUGAACACUGUCAAAGAGGAGCACAGUGUGGUCAUCACGGACCUGGUGUUAUGGACGGACUCUAAGACGGUGCUGAGAUGGAUCGGCAGCACCCACCGCCGGUAUAAGCAGUUUGUUGGCAACCGAGUGGCGGAGAUUUUGGAGUCGUCGAAGGUUUCCCAAUGGAGAUGGGUGCCUACAGCCGACAAUGCGGCUGAUGAUGCGAUGCGGUCGCAGAAAGGAGUCGACCUUAGCCAGGAAUCAAGGUGGCUAAGAGGACCUGCAUUUUUGAGGCAGCCAGCAGCCAGCUGGCCGGGGCCUGAGGAAGGAACUGAGCGUGUUCCAGAUGCCCCUGAUGAAGAAGAGAUGCCCAGUGAGAUUGCAUUAGUUGCGGCAGACGAUUUUGUUAUUCCGUUUCAGAGAUUCUCGAGCUUCAGUCGCCUGGUGAGGACCACAGCCUGGGUCCUACGGUUUGCGCGCUGGUGCCGCAAACAGCGAAACGAGCUCGAGGAAUACGGCCUUACUGCAGCAGAAUGUAAGGCCGCGGAGAACCUGUUGGUCAGACAGUCACAAUUGGAGUCGUUCCCCGACGAGAAGAGGUCGGCGGAAACUGGACAGGACGUCGCUAGAUCGAGCGACAUUCGAGGGUUGGUGCCCUACCUAGACGAGGACGGGAUUCUGCGAGCUUACGGCAGAAUUGAUGCCGCACUGUGCAUGCCGUAA